GGUAUAGUCACGUGUCACGGGGAUGCGGAAGUGACAGAACCGUUGUUUUGCUAAAUAAGUAGCUGGGACUUUAUCACCGACACUUCUUCUUAUUCUUCUUCUAUUAAAUUUAAACGGUGAACAAGCAGACUGUCCUCAUGGUCAGGAUGAACCAGAAGCACAGCCUGGAGGGCCAGGUGUACUCGGUGCCUCUCAUCCAACCUGACCUGAGGAGAGAGGAGGCUGUCCAUCAGAUAGCAGAUGCAUUACUCUACCUGGAGACCAUCUCUACAGAUAUUUUCAGGAGGGUGUCUGAGAGUGUGGAGAAAAAUCGGCGGCAGUUGCAGAGCGUCACUGACCGGAUCAGACUCGCUCAGGCCCGAGUUGACAAGAUCAAAGGCAGUAAGAAAGCCACCAAGGUUUUCUCUAGUGCCAAGUACCCGGCCCCGGAUCGACUUCAGGACUACUCGUCUAUCUUUACUGGGGCUGCAGACCCGUCCUCACAGAGCCGCCCCCGACAAAGGAUACAGAACAAACUUCGACCAUUUGACGAGAAAGCCUUGCAGGAGAAGUUAAUUUAUUUCCCUGUGUGCGUCGGCAAUAAGAAGAAGUCCGAGGACGAGACAGAGGAGGGACUGGGAAGUCUUCCUCGUAACAUCUCGUCUGUCAGCUCCCUGCUGCUCUUUAAUACCACAGAGAACCUAUAUAAGAAGUAUGUGUUCCUCGAUCCUCUGGCGGGAGCUGUGACUAAAACACACACAACACUAGAGACGGAGAAAGAAGAGAAACCGUUUGAUGCUCCGUUAUCCAUCACUAAGAGGGAGCAACUCGAAAGACAGACUGCAGAGAGUUAUUUUUAUGUGCCAGAUCUGGGCGAGGUGCCUGAGAUAGAUGUGCCAUCGUACUUACCUGACCUGCCAGGUAUAGCAGACGACCUGUCGUACAGCGCAGACCUAGGGCCCGGCUUCGCCCCGUCAGGACCCACACACAACAUCCCUGAGCUGCCCUCCUUCAUUGAAGAGAGCAAUGCAGCAGGAUCUCAGCUCCAGCCUAAUGUUUUACCUCCACCACCACCACCACCCCCUCCCCCUCCACCUCCUCUCACUGAGCCUGCCCUCCCUUCUGCUAGUCCUGCAGGAGCUCCCCCUCCUCCCCCUCCGCCUCCCCCACCUCCUGUGGACAGCCCCACAGUAGUCUCAAAAGUACCAAGCUCAGGUCCCGUGUCUGGGGCUCCCAGCGAGGUGGUUAAAGCGUCAGACGGCCGCGCCAGUCUGCUGGAGUCCAUCCGCAACGCCGGGGGCAUUGGCAAGGCCAAGUUACGCAACGUCAAAGUGCGCAAGAUGGAAAAGAAGAAACAGAAGGAGCAAGAGCAAGCGGUGGGAGCAGCAUCGAGUGGUGGAGACUUUAUGUCUGAUCUCUUCAAUAAACUUGCCAUGAGAAGGAAAGGUAUAUCUGGUAAAGGUCCUGCAGGUGGAGAAUCCAGCGACGCUCCCCCUGGCACCGGUGGCGCAUUUGCUCGGAUGUCAGACGUCAUCCCACCACUUCCUGCCCCGCAAUCUGCAACAGACGAUGACGACUGGGAGGCGUAAUACGAUGGACAAUAAACACUUAAAACACUGAUGUAAAAUGGGCAGUAAUUUCCAUCGUGCCAGUGGUGAGUGUGUUGAAGUAGCUAAAUAAAACACUUUAUUGAUAUCAUA